GCUAUCGCCAGGCGAAACAACCUCUACCCUAGACGACGUGAUUUCAACUACUUAACCUCUCUUGAAAAGCAUAUAAGUGACAAAAGCGUUAGCGACGGAUUCCGUCAUUACGCUCCUAUUGUCGGCGAUACCGGCGAUGGGUUCUAUUUAGUAAUUAUAAAUGAGACGCAGCGCGAAUGGUUGGCGGACUUCUCGCAGAGAGGGAUUGGUAUCGAUGACACAUUUAAUGUGUCCAUGUACAAACUUAGACUCGCUACGAUUAUCGUGGCUGAUCACUGCGACCGAGCAUUGCCAGCCGCUUUCAUGCUGAGUUUCAGGAUGAGUGAGAACGAGUUGGUAGUCUUGUUCGAUAAGGUCAAGGAAUUAGUUCCUGCAUUUGCUCCCGAAUUCUUCAUGAGUGACGACGCUCCAUCGUUUUACAACGCGUUUCGAAGAGUAUUCCCUGAAGCACAAACGCGGAAGAUUCUCUGUAAUUGGCAUGUGCUGCAAACGUUCAAACGUUCAGCAAGAAAGAAGUUGACCAAACCGUCCCUGUUUGGAGAGUUCAUGUCCAGGAUUCGGCUUGUCAGCAGAUCGUGCAAGUCGACACUGUUCACAAAAAGAUACGGAGAUACAUUGACGUUUCUACUGAAUCAGAACCAACAUGAAAUGGUCGACUAUCUGCACCAAAACUGGACGAAUAGAAUAGAGGAGUGGGCUGCUCACCACAGGAGAGGAGCAGUUAUGAACACAUCUAUGAUGUGUGAACGAUGGCACAAACAUCUCAAAAGGGAAGUGUUCGGCUCAAAGAGCAAAAUACGAAUAGAUGAAUUGGUGGACGCCCUCAUCACAGCAGUGAAAGAGAUGAAAGAGGAUGCUGCAGUAAUAGAGCAUAGAGGGCUCGUAGAAGGGCGAUUUCGUCUUCAAAACCAUCAUAUCAGUCACAACAAAGCGAUAAGCAACUACCUAAACUUGAAGCAGCUGAUUACUGUCGUUGAGCCAGGCCUGUGGAAGAUCCGCUCUCCAAAUUCCAAUAAGUUUUUCAUGGUCGAGGAAGAGCGCUGUACAUGUAAAAAGGCCCUCAGUCAUUGCCGUAAGCCCGGCUGCUCUGUCCUUAUUCAUUCUUUUGCGAAUGCGACGAUGACCGCAAGGCAGGAGUCUCUUGCAUGCACGUUCAUGCUGCCGUUUUAUACGCACCAGAAGGAGUGCACUUCCUUCCAAGCGACAUUGAGAAUGAUAGCUUCACAACCAAGUGAGCAAGCCGAGCAGUCUUCGAGUGAUCUGUUUGCCUCUAUGAAACAAAUACAUUCGGACGCGAAGGAAAGGCUCUCUAUGCUUGCUCCUGCGGCUCAGAAAAUGCGGACCAUCGCCGUUCGUCCAGAGGUUCCGAUGAGAGGACCUGCGCCAAAAGAUGCGAAACCCAUCCGCAUGAAAACAAAAUCAUGUAUCAACCGAGAAAAGCGGAAGACGAAAUUUGAAGCGCCUAAGGAGUUUUCGUCGGCAGAAGUGCGGGUCUGUGGGAGUUGUUUCCUGGAAAACCCGAUUGAUAAUGUUGAUGAUGAUAUUUACUGGUUAAAAUGCACUUUUUGCGAUUGCUGGGGCCACCUCGGCAGUUGUGUUGCACUCAGUGCACAGUGCACUGUAUGUAGUUCAGGGAAAAUGGAGUACAGUGAGUGCUGA